GCAUUGGCCGGACAAAAAAUACUAGUUAAUCAAUCAAAAUAAGUGCAACAAAGAAUUUAAACCCAAUAAAGUGUUGCAAUUGUUUUCCACCUUUUUCCUGUUUCCUCUUGCGCCACUCCUUGCCGCCGCCGCCGCUUCCGCUGCCGGCCACCUGCGCCACUUCUGCCCGCCGCCCAGUCGUAGAAGAUUAUGGCAAAUUCAAUUUUUUCUCCAGCUUGCAACAACUUUGUUGGCUUGAACAACAACUGGAAACGAGUAAUACCUAUGACAUGCAACAAUAUGUCAUUACCUAGGGUCCUAACUACUAGAUUAUCAGCAACAUCUAGGAAUGUAUUCAAGUGGGCAAACUCAGAAGACAGCGAUAUGUCAACUAUGGAAGCUUCUCUUUCAUUAACGCCAGAUUUUAUCCUUCCUGUGGAAAGAAGGCCAAACUUAGCAGAAGUUUCCAAGUUAGGUGACAAUGUUCCGAUAAUCGACAUGGGAACAGGAGAUGCUGAUGGUCUUGUUGAAGAGAUAGCAAGAGCAUGUGAGAUGUAUGGACUGUUUUUGAUCAAAAAUCAUGGAGUACCACAGGAAUUGUGUGAAAGCAUGCUGGCUGGUGUUACAGAUUUGUUUCACCUUCCUCCUAAAGUUAAGGCUCUUCUCGUGUCAGAUGAUCCAACUAAAGAUGUUAGAAUCUGUAAUCAUUACCGCAAAGCUGAGGAGAAAGGAGAUUCAAAGGCUAAGAGAUUUAGCAUGUGGAGCGAGGUUUUCAAACACCCUUGGCACCCUUCCGAUCAGAGUUUUGCUGAUCUUUUGCCAUCAGAUCCUCCAAACUAUAGGAAGAUAGUGACUACAUAUGCUAAAGAAAUUGGCAUUUUAAUGAGUCGGCUUUUCAAUUUGAUGUCUCAAGGCUUGGGGUUGGAGGGAGAUGUUUUACAGAAUAGAUUAGGUAAAAAUCCUUUGUGCAGGGUUCAAGCAAAUUACUACCCACCAUGCUCAAAUCCUGAUCUUACUCUUGGAUUGGGAGUUCACACUGAUAGAGAUGCGCUUACUGUUGUGCUACCAACCCCAAAUGUCGAGGGUCUACAAAUCAUGAAGGAUGACAGAUGGAUGAUAGUUGAUCCUGUCCCAAAUGCAUUAGUUGUUAAUAUAGGUGAUCAACUUCAGGUUCUAAGCAAUGGAAAAUAUAAAAGUGUGCUUCAUAGAGUUGUGACCAAUGAAUGUCAAAGUAGAGUAUCAUUGGCAAUGUUUUAUGGCCCGGACAAAGAUGCUUUAAUUGGCCCAAUCGAAAAUUUGAUCGAUGAUCAACAUCCUCAAGUCUAUCGGAAUUACUAUUUCAGUGAAUUUCUUGAAGUUUACCGAAAGCAAGAAGGGAAAAACCGAAAAAUAAAGGAGUUCUUCGAGAUCUAAAGUUAGAUUGUUGGUUUGUUUGACAUAAAAUGCAGAUUAACUCUGACUUUAGUUAGGUAAAUAGCCUAGUGCAGGCAGCAUGUUAAUCAAGUUUAGCUAAGGUCUUUCCUCAAUAAAAUAUGCCAUGGUACAGAGCUACACACAGUAGCCAGUUUAAGACUGUUGGUACUUGCUAUGUAUAUAUAAACUAGUUUUGGGACCCGUGCAAAAAUGCACGGGAAGGGAUUUGCUUAAUAAGACAAAAUUUUCAAUGAAA